CUUCUUCCCUCAGCGCCGGCGCCGGGGUGGGAGCUCGGCGCGGGUGAGCGAUCGCCUCGGUUCGGGCCGCGCCACGCCGCGUCCGCGCCGCCCCGCGAAACCCAGAGCUGCGCUGAGGCCAGGGCAAGGGGGCGAGAUGGCGUCGUGCGUGGGGAGCCGGACCCUGAGCAAGGACGACGUGAACUACCGCCUGCACUUCCGCAUGAUCAAUGAGCAGCAGGUGGAGGACAUCACGCUGGAGUUCUUCUACCGGCCGCACACCAUCACCCUCCUCAGCUUCACCAUCCUCAGCCUCAUGGCCUUCGCCUUCACCAGGGAUGACUCUGUCCCAGAGGAUAAUAUUUGGAGGGGUAUCCUCUCUGUGAUUUUCUUCUUUCUAAUCAUCAGUGUUCUAGCUUUUCCCAAUGGACCUUUCACACGUCCCCACCCUGCAAUUUGGAGAAUGGUUUUUGGACUCAGUGUGCUCUAUUUUCUGUUCCUGGUGUUCGUGCUCUUCCUUAACUUUGAGCAGGUCAAAGCAGUGAUGUACUGGCUGGAUCCUAAUCUUCGGUAUGCAACAAGGGAAGCAGAUAUUAUGGAGUAUGCUGUUAACUGUCACGUUAUCACCUGGGAGAGAAUCCUCAGCCAUUUCGAUAUAUUUGCUUUUGGGCAUUUCUGGGGCUGGGCGAUGAAGGCUUUGCUGAUCCGCAGCUAUGGGCUGUGCUGGACUAUUAGCAUCACCUGGGAGCUGACUGAGCUCUUCUUCAUGCACCUUCUGCCUAACUUUGCUGAGUGCUGGUGGGAUCAAGUCAUUUUGGACAUCCUGCUUUGUAACGGGGGUGGCAUCUGGUUGGGCAUGGUAGUUUGUCGUUUCUUGGAGAUGAGGACCUAUCACUGGGCAAGCUUCAAGGAUAUUCACACAACCACAGGGAAAAUCAAAAGAGCUGUCUUACAGUUCACCCCAGCCAGCUGGACCUACGUCCGCUGGUUUGACCCUAAGUCUUCAUUUCAAAGAGUGGCUGGAGUCUACCUUUUCAUGAUCAUUUGGCAGCUGACUGAGUUGAACACAUUCUUUUUGAAACAUAUCUUUGUCUUCCAAGCAAGCCACCCUUUAAGCUGGGGGAGAAUUCUCUUCAUAGGAAUCAUUACAGCACCCACUGUAAGGCAAUACUAUGCAUACCUCACAGAUACACAGUGCAAGAGGGUGGGAACUCAGUGCUGGGUCUUUGGGGUUAUUGCUUUCCUUGAAGCUAUUGUGUGCAUAAAGUUUGGACAGGAUCUUUUUUCCAAGACACAGAUACUCUAUGUGGUAUUCUGGCUUCUCUGUGUGGCCUUUACAACUUUCCUGUGUUUGUAUGGGAUGGUGUGGUAUGCAGAAUACUAUGGCCACCGAGAGAAGACCUUAUCGGAAAGUGAGGACAGCCCAUACAGCCCAGAUGCUUCCUGGCUUCAUUCUAAGUUCAGCAGAGCAGGUGCUGACAGCACUCCUCCAAAACAUUCAGUCAACAGUGAAAGCCACUCAUCCAGGAGGAGGAAUCGACACUCCAAGUCAAAAGUCACCAAUGGGAUCGGCAAGAAAUAAGAAUGUCUCUGAAGAUACCUUACAGUGUGACCAGAAAGUCAGACCUGGUUCUGAAUUUCCAGGUGGAAGAUUAAUUUUUUAAAUUAAAAGAUUAAAAAAAAAAAAAAAAAGAAAGAAAAGAAAGAAAAAAAAAAAGGCAGUGGUAUGGAAGAAAAGGAGGAGCAGGAUGGAGCAACUCGUGUCGUGCAAAUCGCCGCCUGCCGACGCGUCACGGAAGGGCUCCGGUUGGAAGGGACCUCAGAGAUCAUCGACUCCAACCUCCCCUGCCAUGGGCAGGGACACCUCUCAACUAGACUUGGCUGCCCAAGGCCUCACCCGACCUGGCCUUGAAUACUCCCAGAGAGGAGACAGCCACAAUAUCCCUGGGCAGCCUAUUCCAGAGUCUCACCACCCUCACGCUGAAGAACUUCUUCCUCAGCUCCAGUCUAAUCCUGCUCUCUCUCUGCCUCAAACCAUCCCUUUCUUGUCCUGUCCUUAGACACCCUUAGGAAAUGUCCCUUUGCAGCCUUCCUAUAGGCUGCCUUCAGGUACUGGAGGGCAGUUGCCAUCCACUGAUGUAAAUCUGAUUUCUUCAGCACGUGGCACCAAAAGCUAAUGAAGAGCAUGCUGGAAAGAAAACCCAUUUUGCUGUAGCAGGGACACCCUCUUCUGUGCCUGGGUGCUGCAAGUGCAUUUUGAGUACCUUAGCUGAGGAUUCAAACACAAAAGUUAGCAAACUGAUAAUCAGUUGGCAUGGUUGGUUGGAUUUGAUUUGAUUUACUGUGUUGUUUUCUGGAACAAGCCAACAAUCCUUUGACUAAAAGCAGCUCUGCCCUUCUUCCUCAGUCUCACAACUCAACUUUUCUAUACAACAGUUAGUAAACAUUCAGGAUUUCCACACCGUUUCCAGCUGGUUGCUUUUAUGUGGAGGCUCCUUAGCCCUGAUGACAGGGCUUUACCAGCAAAGAAAUGAGGCCAGGAUUUACACCUUCACAGGCUGCACUGGGUUGAGAGUUGGGGUUGUUCAUCCUGGAGAAGAAGAGAUUUAGGGGAGACCUCAGCAUCGUGUGCCAGUACGCAAAGGGUGGCGACCGUGAGGAAGGAGACUCCCUUUUUACAAGGAGUCCCAUGGAGAAGACAAGAGGUAAUGGGGACAAGUUAUUGCUGGAGAGAGUCCCACUGGAAUCCAGAAGGACAUUUUUCCACCAUGAGAACAGGUAGAGAUUGGAAGCAUCUCCCAGGAGAGGUGGUGGAUUCCCCUUCACUGGGCAGUUUUGGGGCUCAGCUGGGCAGGGUGCUGGGCCAGCUCGUUUCAGCCAUGCUAUUACCUAAGAAGGUUGGCCCAGAUGAUCCUUGGAGUCCCUUCCAACCUGCUGCUCUGUGAUUCUGUGAAAGGGACCCUAAAAGGGCAUCUUGGCCAUCCACCUGCAACACCUCCAACUAGAGCAGGCUGCACAGGGACACAUCCAGUCUGAUCCUGUAUGUCUUAAGCCAUGGAGCCUCAGCCACAGCCCUGGGCAGCCUGUGCCAGGAUUUCACCACUCUCACUGUGCAGAACUUCCUCUUGAUGUCCAACCUAACUCUGCCCUACUCCAGUUUAAACCAUUGCCCUUCUCCUAUCCCCACAGGCCCUUCUGAACUGUCCCUCCCCAGCCUGCCUGCAGGUCCCCUUCAGAGACUGAAAUGCAGCUCUAAGGUCUUUCUGGAACCUUCUCUUCUCCAGGCUGAGCAGCCCCUGUUCUUUCAACCCUUCACAGAGGGCUGCAGCCCUCUGAUCAUCUUGGUGGCCCUUCUCUGGAUCCACUCCAGCAGUUUGGUGAUGUUCUUCUGCUGAGGGUACCAGAAGUGGAGAACCUCCCAGAUGAGGACAGGCUGUAAGUGUUGGGGCUGUUCCUCCUGGGAAGGAGAAUGCUCCAGGGCGACCUUAGAGCAGCCUUCCACUGCCUGAAGGAGGCUACAGGAAGGCUGGGAUUUGAAAUUGAUCUCUGAGCAUGGUUCUUUUGUUCUGGAUUGUCCCUCUGCUUGGUUCUUACACACUGACUGUUUAAGUUGGUUUUAAAUACUGCUAAACCCCUUGAAAGCUGCUGCAUGGCAGAGGGCCAUGCCUCCUGCCCUCUGAGAGCAGUGGCAUUUAGUUGGUUUUCCUCCUUCACUGCACUAUGUUCUGCACCUUCAGGUGCAAAUAGGUGAUCUUUUCAGUUGUGUUACAUUGGCUGCCAUGUUCCUUCCUCCUAAUGUGCCUUUCCCUCAGCUGGAAGCGGAGGUCCCAGUGUGUCCAGCCUCCUGGCAGACACUGCUUUGAAGGCUCUGAUCCCCUAGAAAGCCUGGUGCUGAGGCAGUUUUCUUGCUGAAGCUGAGUUGCUGGUUACUGUCAUGACCAGAGUUAUUUGUGGAGGCUUGCUGUAGCUGUUGGUGUCUGGGGGGCAGCAUAGUGUUACUGUAAGACAGAGUUUUGGGGUGGCAUUGAAUGGGCUGGGUUGGAAGGCAUCUCCAAAGGUCAUAUAGUGCAGCCACCCUGCAGUCAGCAGGGACAUCCUCCACUAGAUCAGGUUGCUCAGAGCCUUGUCAAGCCUGACCUUGAGUAUCUGCAGGGAUGGAUCCUCAGCUACCUCCCUGGGCAACCUGCUGCAGUGUUGCAGCGCUCUCAUGGUGCAGAACUUGUUCCUAACAUCCAAUCUAAAUCUGCUCUGCUCUCAUUUCAAACCAUUGCCCUCGUCCUAUCACUUUGCAAGCAGGCCCUCUGCAACCUUCUGGCAGCCUCCAUCAGGUUCCAGCAGGCUGCUACUAAGUUUGCCUGGAGCCUUCUCUUCUCCAGGCUGAACACCCCCAGCUCCUUCAGCCUGUCCUUCUAGCAGAGCUACUGCACCCCCCUCAUCAUCUUCGUGGCCCUCCUCUGGACCUGCUCCAUCAGGUCCAUGUGCUUCCUGUGUUGAGGGCUGCAGAGCUGGACACAUCCUAUCCUAUCAUGCAGUCAGAUGCCUUAGAGCAAAGUCUCUCUUUCUUGCAGGUUUUUGUUGUGGUGGUUUCUGGUUUGCUUUGUUGGAAUUUUCUGUUGUUGGGGGGUGCUAAGUUCAUUCAUUUUGCCAUCUAGCAAAGCAGGUAGUUCUUCAGCAGUGAAGGGGAUGAUUAAGUCAAGAGGUGAACAAUCUAGAGCAACCUGUUCCUGUAUUAGAUUAUCAGAUCACAGAAUGUCAGGGGCUGGAAGGGACCUCAAAAGCUCAUCCAGUCCAAACCCCCCCUGCCAGAGCAGGGCCACCUAGACCAGAUGACAUUGUGCCAAUGACAUUUUGGGGUUCCUGGGGUUCAGAGGGGUGGAUAGCUUAAGUGGGGAUAAGUAGCACCCUUUAGACACUUGGUCUCCAUAAGAAAAUGGGAUUUCCUUUUGCCUUUGAGUAAUGCUACUGUGGUUUGCCACAGGCUAAGCGCUAGAAAAGCGGCAGCAGAGCCUGCCUACAAGUGUAUGAUACUGUAAAUAGAAACAGGUGUCUCCUCUCCACCCUUAAUUCCUCUGUGCCACAGCUGAUCAAUAUUUUCAGUCCACCCAAGUGUUGCUGCUGAGCCUCUCAUAGGCUCUUCCUUUCCCACCUCCCUUCGUAGUCAGUGUACAGCUUGGGAAGUGAUGCCGCGGGAGCUGCUCUGUCGUCAUUGCUCCAGUGACAUUCAGUGCUACCUGAGGAACAAAAAUGCUAGGAGGGCUUUCAGGCUUUCCUGCAGCUGGGUGGGGUUCAUUCAUACUCCCAACAGUCCCAUGGUUUUGCCUCCUUGUUUGUGAUGUGCUACUUCUUGAAUGUACCUGUAGAUUUCUUUGGAUGCUGA